ACCACCAAAUGAAAAAAAAAAAAAAAAAAAAAAGAGAGAAAAAAGGAUAAACAAAAAAAAAAAGCGAGAACGAGAGACACGAGAGACAGAUGGUAAGCACAACAAUGUCUGCGCAACCAAGGAUCUUCUCGUCCCUCGUGGCCAACCGCUUCCUUCAUUCGUCGCCGUCUCAGCCUCUGCGCCAACUCUUCCGCUACAACGGAGAAAAGCAUGUGUACAUGCGGUUUUCGAGAACAUCCUCUGGCUUGACGAAUCUCUUAUUUAAUAGAAGAAAUGUAGAUGAAUUGUCGAACACCAAGCGUAAGCAUCUGAGGCCUGGAAAAUUGUCACCUCGUCGACCUGUUCCGAGUAAUAUACCAAAGCCUCCUUAUGUCGGAUCCAGUAAACCUCCAGGCAUUGCCAGUGGAUCUGAAGUGCACGACGAGAAGGGGAUUGAGUGCAUGAGAGCUUCCGGAAGGCUUGCAGCACAGGUUCUAGAAUAUGCCGGGACUUUAGUCAAGCCAGGCAUAAAGACGGAUGAAAUUGAUGAAGCUGUUCAUCAGAUGAUUAUUGAUAGCAGGGCUUACCCUUCACCUCUGGGGUAUGGUGGAUUUCCAAAGAGUGUCUGCACAUCAGUUAAUGAAUGCAUAUGCCAUGGAAUACCAGAUUCUCGUGCUCUUGAGGAUGGUGACAUAAUCAAUAUUGACGUUACUGUCUACUUAAAUGGGUAUCAUGGGGAUACAUCAGCUACUUUUUUUUGCGGUGAUGUUGAUGAUGAGGCGAGAAAACUAGUUCAGGUAACUAAAGAGUGUCUGGAUAAAGCAAUAUCAAUUUGUGCGCCAGGAGUAGAAUUCAAGAAAAUUGGCAGAACAAUUCAUGACCAUGCAGAUAAAUAUGGUUAUGGUGUCGUUCGACAGUUUGUUGGCCAUGGGGUCGGACGUGUUUUUCAUGCUGAUCCAGUUGUUCUCCAUUACAGGAACAAUGAUAGAGGACGCAUGGUGUUGAAUCAAACUUUCACAAUUGAGCCAAUGCUAACAAUAGGUAGCAUAAAUCCUGUAAUAUGGGACGACGAUUGGACUGUUGUAACAGAAGAUGGAAGCCUGUCGGCUCAGUUUGAGCACACUAUAUUGAUAACUGAGACCGGAGCGGAGAUAAUGACCCAGUGUUGAUAGUUGUGGUAGACUAUUUCCAUCGAACACCCAAAUCUCCAAUUCCUGGUAAUUCGUCCUCCAAAUUACGAUUUGGAUUUGCCUCUUGCAAAUAUUUAUAUAUGCAAAUUGGUUGAGGCGCUGUAAAAUUUUGUUUCAUUAUUGCCAUUGUUUCUGGUGAUCUUGCCCAGGCCAUGAAUUGUGUAUAUCAAACUAUGGUGUUCUAAUUGGUUAGAAUACACUUUGACUAGAUAAGGCUUUUUCAUAUGAUUGGUUUACACCAGAUUGAUUUUGUGUUCGGGUUUUUUCUCUUCGGUCGCUUUAAUUCACAGCCACCUAGGAAUGAAUAAAUUUCGAGGUUCA